CUUNCCACCAGCGCUGAGCGGGAGCAGAGUGUGCGGAAGUCUUCCACGUUCCCCAGGACAGGCUAUGACACGGUGAAGCUCUAUAGCCCCACCACCAAAGCCCUGAACCGCAGCGACAAUGUCUCCGUGUGCAGCGUGUCCAGCCUCGGCACAGAGUUGUCAACCACGCUGUCCGUCAGCAAUGAGGACAUCUUGGACCUGGUGGUCACGAGCAGCUCCAGUGCCAUCGUGACCCUGGAGAAUGAUGAUGACCCCCAGUUUACCGAUGUCACCUUGAGCUCCAUCAAGGAAACCCAUGACCUACAGCGGCAGGAGUGUGUUGGUGCAAUUGAGGAGGGGAGUAAAUUGAAAAUAUUGGGACCAUUUAGUAACUUCUUUACAAGGGGCCCCGGCUGGGAGAGCAAGAGGGGAAGGAAAUGCCAAGAGGAAACUUCUGAGAAGAAGGUGGACCACGGUCAUCUGGACGUGAGGCGUCAUUUCCUCUUCAGUCCUUGCCUCCUGCGGCAGACACCACACUCACUGGCUGCAUUCCCCACAGGCACCAGCCCAGGGCCAGGCCUGCAGACAGUGGGGCUCGCUCAUUCAGGGACACCUUCUCCCUGCUUCUCUGAGAUGCUGCAUCCCCGAACUGUUUCUGCAAAGGCUGAGCCACUGUCAGGAGGGCCUCCUCCAGCCGCUGUGUGAGGACCAGCUGCACGGGUCUUCUGUGUGCCCCAAGGGGCCAU